AUUUUAAUCAUUUUUUUGGUAAGCUUUCAAAUUAUAUAAUAUUUUGCAGAAUACAAACAUCAACUUCAGGAGGAGGGUCAGGAGGAAACACAGGUCACCACCUGAAGCAGACCUCAGUGGAGGUCGAAAGCGUUUGUGGAGUUUACUACGGAUAUAACACUUGUAAAAAAAGUUAUUGUGAAGAAUCAGAUAAAGAAAGAAAUGUUGCAGACAGAUACCAACUCAAAAAUAAAGAAAAGAGUGUGUCCAAGUGAAGAUGAGGAUGAUACUGAUGAUAACUCUGACAUAUCCAUUUCUGAUAUGGAUAACUCGACUUUUAAUUCCGGUUGGGCUGAUGCAAUGUCAAAAGUGCUUAGGACGAAGAGCGAAAAAUUCACUAUUUUAAAAAAAGCAAAAAAGGAUUCUGAAAUUGUUGAAAAAGCAAAGAAAGAUAUAGAAAUUGUGAAUGAAAAAGGAGAAUUAAUUACAGAAAUUUCUAAAGAGAAGAAACAGGAUGAUUAUAGUUCUUAUCAGCAUGAAAAAAAAUUGUUAUUGGAGCAAAAACAAAAAAAAUUAUUAUGGAUAAAUAUGUGUCGAACAAAACCUGAUAUUUCAGAAAAGCAAAAAGAGAGAGCUUUGAAUAGAAUUGCUACUAGGUUCCUCAAGCUUCCCAAAAAUGUGGAAGUCACACAGAGACAAGUCAGGACUGUAUGCAGGAUGCUGGAGUGUUUCCCACUUGAAUUUCACAAGGGAUUCCUGCACAGUACAUGUGGUGUGAGGGCAGGCAUUAUCAUAAAGGAGGACGACACCUUGCAAAAACAGACCAGGCCACUUGGACUUGAUGGAAGCUUGUAGAGAUUUUUAAAGUUUCUGUGUACCAAAACAUUUAUGGUGGUUCCACAGGUGGUAAACUCCAUCAGUAAUGUGCCUUUGCUGUUAAAGAAGAAUGUCAACAUCAUCUUUCUCAUUGUUGUCUGCAAUCUCUUUGAUUUCUUAGGUGAUGGAGACUAUCUGUGCUUUCACUGGGUGCUGUCUUUUGCUUUUGGCUGGAAAUGAAAGCACCCUGUUUCAUCUCCUGUAAUGAUUCUCUCUAUGAAAUGAUGACUUUCAUUGUGGUACCACAGCAAAUGUUCCAAUGACAGACCCUUGCAAAAGUUUUUUUGCACAGACGUCAAGUUGUGCGGCAUCCACCAGGCACAGAUCUUUUGGUACUGUAGAUGCUCAUGGAUAAUGGUGUUCACACUAUCAACACUUAUUCCAACCUUGGUCACCAGUGCUUCCACAGUAACUCGUCUAUUAUCCACUUCAGCUACUGUAACCUCAUUGAUCACAUGAUGUGCUUACCCUGGCCUGGCAUCAUCAGCCAAUGACAAUCAACCAUCUCAGAAGUGCUUACUCAAAUCUUUCACUGUUGGCAAACUCAUAUGGUUUCAAUACACAUUGCUCAUGUGAUGAUAUAUGGCAUGAGGUCCGACAUCAUCUGCAGUUAAAAAUCACACUACUGCUCAGUGCUCAAUUGUUGAUGCAGCCAUGCUUGAAAGUUGGACAGAGUAUCUGCCUGAUAUGCUAAACAAAUACAGCUUGUUUGUAGGUUCAGGUGACACUAGUGUGAGCUUAGUGUUUCCACCUACAUUUCAAAUGGUGAAUGAUUUGCUACACACAUUCCACAUUUUGAUAUAUCCAUUGAAUGACCCUCAUAGUUAAG